AUGGACUUACUGGGCCCCAUGGAGAUGACGGAGGGCUCCCUCUGCUCCUUCACGGCCGCCGAUGACUUCUACGAUGACCCGUGCUUCAACACGUCGGACAUGCACUUCUUCGAGGACCUGGACCCCCGGCUGGUGCACGUGGGGGGCCUGCUGAAGCCUGAGGAGCACCUGCACCACCAUGGGCACCACCAUGGGCACCCACAUGAGGAGGAGCACGUCCGGGCACCCAGCGGGCACCACCAGGCCGGCCACUGCCCUAAGCGCUGCACCUCCACCAACCCCAACCAGCGCCUGCCCAAGGUGGAGAUCCUGCGCAACGCCAUCCGCUACAUUGAGAGCCUGCAGGCGCUGCUGCGGGAGCAGGAGGACACUUACUACCCGGUGCUGGAGCACUACAGCGGGGAAUCGGAUGCCUCCAGCCCUCGCUCCAACUGCUCCGAUGGCAUGAUGGAGUACAGUGGGCCUCCUUGCAGCUCUCGCAGAAGAAACAGCUAUGACAGCAGCUACUACACAGAAUCACCAAAUGAUCCAAAGCAUGGGAAGAGUUCUGUUGUUUCCAGCCUCGAUUGCCUCUCAAGCAUUGUAGAGAGGAUUUCCACAGAUAACUCCACAUGUCCUAUACUGCCUCCAGUGGAAACUGUUGCUGAAGGAAGUCCCUGUUCCCCCCCAGAAGGAGCGAGUCUGAAUGAUAGCGGAGCCCAAAUUCCUUCCCCCACCAACUGCACCCCACUUCCCCAGGAUAACAGCAGCAGCAACCCUAUCUACCAAGUGCUAUAA